AGAAAAAUGUCGAAUUGCAGGUUUCUCUACCACAACGGCGUCGUUUUGGAGGCUCCUCCCGUCGCUACCUUCCUUCAAUCUCUCCCCGGUGCUUAUACAACGACGAGAACGAUAAACAGUGGCACUACCUUCUUGUUCUGGGAGAGACAUGUGAAGCGGCUUUCCAGCUCGAUUCGUAUCCUUUUGGAUUCAAAGCCCGAGCUUUUGUUCAGCUCUGGGUCGUCAUCGAGGGUCUGGAUGAAUCAAACCGUUCAUGAGUCGAGUAUUUACGAUUUAGUCAAUGGGUCUAUGAGCAAGGCUAUGAGAUGUGGUGUAGUGAAGGAAAGGGGGAGACUUUGUGGAGAAGAGUUAGCGGUGACGGUUCUUGUUACUGGUAAUGCGGAGAAGUUGAGUAGGUUGGGUGAUGAAAAGGUUGUGGAUUUUCUAGAUGUGUGGUUGCAUAUAGGUGGAUACUCUUUAGGUGUUGGUGAAAAGGCUGCGAGUUUGGCUUUGGUUGGUCAUGGAAGAGAUGUUGCUAACGCUAAGUACUCAGACUGGCUGGCGGGUUGUGGUUUAGGCAGGUUGAGGAAGCCUCUGGAGAAGUUUAGACCUCCUUCGACUACUGAGCUUCUUUUGUCGAACGAUGGUGAUCGUUUGCUUGAGGGUUGCGUCACUAACUUCUUCGUGGUGUGUCGCAGGAAGUCAUCAUCUGGCAGUCUUUACGGUGAGAGUUUGGGAGAGUAUGAAGUGCAGACUGCACCUGUAACUGACGGUGUGCUUCCAGGAGUUAUAAGAGAAAUUGUCAUCGAAGUAUGCAUAAGCAAAGGAAUACCAUACCGCGAGAGAGCACCUUCGUGGUCUGAGCGUGAGCUUUGGGAAGAAGCCUUCAUUACAAGUAGUCUGAGGAUUCUGCAGCACGUUGGGACGAUUAAAGUACCGGUUGGUUCAUUGGAGGCAUUGGCUUGUACAAAACCAGAGGAGAUUGAAUGGAAGGAGAAAAGGUUCGAGGAAGGACCUGGAAUGAUCACUGAAUUAAUCCAGAAAGCGAUCAUGGAGAGAGGAAUCGAAGAAGGGUUCCCCCUUGAAGGACUUGUAUGAUAGCUGAAAGGUUGAUUACUGGUCUAUGUUCUACUGAUGUCAUUGCCAACCAACAUCUUCCAAACAGUAAUCCUAUGUUUUUUCUUUCAAAAUGUAAUCAAGACUCUCUCAUCAAGCGCGUUUUGCAAUUUGAGCUAAAAGCUUUAACUACCACCAGUGUUCUUGGGGGUUGCAUGAUGCUUGAUAAAAUUUCAUUAUUUUGGAUAGACUUGUACAAAUCCUUUUGAAACUUAGUUAUACAACGAUGAAAGCAUAUA